UUUUAGCCGGUUAAGAAGAAGAUCGUAUAAGUCAUGUCUGCCGAUACAAGGACAAUGUUUAAGAAUAUCAGAAUUAUGCAACUAAAGGUAAUAACCGGAUAAAAGAGUUAUGUUAAAUCAAGUUAACGACGAUCGAUGGCAAGUGCUUCCCUAUAAAAGCAACGAUUCUAUUCAGACUAGUCUUACUUGGUGCUGACCAGCACUAAGAAAAUUCAGGAUAAUUUGAUCGUUAUUAAUCAUCAUGUGUGAUCAAUAUGUAUGAUUAAAAACAGAAGGAAUCUAAAUAUUUCUCAACUUUGAAUCAAAAGAAUCAACAAAUGUAAAAAACAUCAUGUCGGAAAUAUAUCAAACAUUUUUCGCGUUUUAUACUUUUCUUUUCUCUCCACUGGUUAUUUUACUAUUAAUAUGUUUGUACCUAUAUCGCUGUAUCAUAGAGAUCAUUUUAAGGAUUCAAUUAAAGGAUAAAUUUGUGGGUCUCCUUGAUGGGAUGGACUGCAUUUGGGCAGUAGAACAAUCAUCGGCACUUUCUGUGAAUAAUAUCCUUAUGAUUUUAGAAAAAGAUGCUCGUCACUCGAACAUCAACUUCUUGGAGAAUUUUCGUGAUUUGGUGAAGAAUCGUAUAGUAUGUUCGUCUUUUGAAAAGCUAUUGUAUAAAAGAAAAAGAAAAUUUGGCUAUUACUUCUGGGAGAGAAGUGAAGAGAUCGAUCUGAGAGAACGUAUAAGAUGGUUGGAAUACGAACGCACGAAUUGCGACGGAUCCUGUGAUAAUAUUUACAAUAGUCAUCUGAAAAAAGUUCUAUGGAAUAUUUGUAAUCAGCCUUUACCGGAGAAUCACACAGCAUCCUGGGAGAUCUUAAUUGGAAAAUGUUGCCCCAGAUUAAGUCAUCAUUAUCUUCGACGAAUGGAGGAACGUUUGACGAAUAAAAUUAAGAUUCCCAUUUUAUUUCGUGUCCAUCAUUCUUUAGGCGAUGGUAUGGCUCUUCUAAAGUUCUUUAGAGAUGUUAUUAUUGAUAAAGAACCAGUUUCGGAAAUAUUCUUGCAGUUGGAUAACAGUUUGAAAAUGAAGAACGAGAAAACAAAAAAGCAGAAUGUAAUAGUAUCUUUGAUGAAUCCUGCGAAUGGAGAGAAUAAUUUGGACAGUAAUUCAUUUCAAAAGAAAAUCAUGUCGGCAUCGAUGCCAUUUAUUCAUUUUACGAUGUUUUCAUAUUUUUUUCUAUUAUUAUGGGAACAUUUUAAUAUAUGGUUGAAAUAUUUACAAAAUAUUACUUUAGAAGACUUGAAAUGCGAAAUGAAAAUGUUUCUAAGAAUAGAACAAGAUAAAUUAAAAGUUUUCUUCUCGGAAAUGAUUUGUAAAAAGAUACAGAAAGGUUUAAAAAUGGCAAAAAUUAUUAUAAAUCUUCCUGGUUGCCUGAUUCAACAAGCUUUUCGUAGCAUGGACAAAAGCGCACUCCAUGGAGCAGAAUUAUCAGGUGAAAAGUUUGUUUCUUACUGGCUUGAAGACGAUUUCAAAAAUGCCUGCAAUCAAAAAUUGUUUACAAAAAUACAGAAUAUAAGAAGUAUCACUGGUGCUAGAUUUGGAGAUGUAUUAUUAGCUGCUUUAUCAGUCAGUUUACAUAAAUAUUUCCUUAAUAUAAACGAAUUCGUUCCAACAAAAUUAAGCGUUGUUUUGCCGAUGAAAAUCGAAGAAUGGAGUGAGAACUUCCCCUUGAAAAAUAAUAUUUCAGUUGGUAUACUGCCCCUCUGCAUUUCACAGAUAAAGGGUAAACAGCUUGCAGAUCCACGAGAGAAUUCUCAAAUUCUAGAACGCCUUGAAGAUAUUAGAAAAGCGAAUGAUGUGCUUAGAAAAAGUCCAGAUUACACGGUGAAUUUCUUAGUAAUGAAGUAUCUCUCAGCUAUGCUACCCGACAAAUUUUUACGACCAAUCUUAAAAAGUCAUAGUACUAUGGUGUUUAGCAAUUUAGUUGGUCCUCAAGAAGUGAAACUUUUGGGACAUCCUUUAAAAAAUAUUGUUUUUUGGAUACCAAACAGAAGUUAUACAGGAAUUGGAUGUUCGUUAUUAACAUAUCGAGGUUAUUUGCAUUUAUCUUUGAUUGCCGAUAAAGCUUUAGUACAAAGCGAAAAGGCUCUUACCAAAAUUUUAGAAAACACGGUAAAUGAAAUCGACAAUCUUUAUGACAGAUUAACUUUGUCAUUUUUUUCGAAGAAACUUCAUAGAAGUAUAUCAACACCUACGAAGAAAGAAAUAGAUAAGGCCAAAAAACAAUAUCAAAAAGAGUGUUAAAAAAGGAAAAACUUGUUCGUCGACGAUGAGAAAUUUUCGGAGUUGUGUGUAUUAUCGAACUUGCUUUAAUACGCUGAUUCAGAAUAUUCUUCGAUUUAUAUCGAAUUUUUCUUCCUUUUUUACUGCAAUCAGAUGAAACAUCCAUAUCUUCGGUACUUGUAUAAACAUACUUUCGAUGUUUCAACGACCUGUUGAUAAUCAUGUGCAAUCAUUAUAAUAUUCAUUUUUUUCACUCUUACAGUUUCAAGUAAAUAUUAUCUCAACCAUUUUUUCUUUCUAAUUUCUUCCGGAGAUGAACUCUUUAAAUCGCUGUCAUCUUCUUGUCGAAUGCUCAAAGGCAGAGUUUGUUCGGUACAUGAUCUACAAGGACAGUUUAGUUUCAAACUUCGUAAGAUCGUUAAAACACGGGGAUCAUCGAUGCUGCUAAAAAGAGGGGAUUCGUCGGUCGACGUCAUUCCAUGACAUUCUUCAUCCGCCUCUAACGUCGAAGUCUCAUCUUUGUUCCAAACUAUUCUGAAUAAAAUGCAAUGCUCCUGAAUACAUUAAUGUAUCUUUUUUCAAAUAGAUUUCUACGUUUAUCACGCGUACUUUGUUUCUUUUGGUAUUUCGCAAUCAAAACGAACCACAUCUUUUUUACUUUCUUCUUUACAGCAUCCUUUUUUCAUCUCGUUGUCCGUGAUCUCAAUACUUUAAA